GACUUUGGGACCCUUUUGACAUGCACUCGACACAGGUAUUCGGUGCGGAGGCAACAGCUUGGAUGGAAGUAGCAUGUGACAGAUCUAGGGCUAUCGUUAUGGUGUGCAUGUUACAUCUGAAGGAGGUUGGUAAGAUCAUCCCAAGGCUUCAAUUGAAGGGUCUAUCAGAGGAUACCCUAUAUGACAUAAUAGAUCUCGCACCGAGCUCAUAUGUCCGUAACCCACAGACUCUACAAGUUGUGUGUAAUCCCGUACCGGUGUCCAAGUUCAGUGGUCUACAACUUAGAGGUGUAACUCUCAUGAAGGCUGGCUUACCACUCCAAUUCCUAUUCGAUGGGGAUUGUAGUCUAUUCGAGAUUAGGAGUGCUGACUUGGGCCCCCGAGCGGGACCAGCUCGCAGCUUCGACUUCACUAACCUCCACUGAGUAGUGUGAUCGCCUCAAGUGGCUGCAUAGCUCUUGCCGGCCCUUUCUGCUGUUACCUCAAACGUUGCCUGCUCCAAGCUCAUUGCUGUUUCUGCUGGCCUUGAGGCCAACCUAACUUAUCAUGACUAAGUGUGGAUUUCUCACCCGUUCAUCAGUAUGUCUUUUCAGCACUUGCAAGCCGGGUUGUUAAUUCGUGGAGACGGCUUAGCCAUAUCCGCUUGGAGUGCCUUCCGGUGGCGAUUUGUUCAACUCCUGGUGUGGUGAGUCACGUUCUGGAGGACCAUCAGGUCCGCCGUUACUUGGGCAUUGUGCUGCUCUUAGCCACGCAGUAUGCGGGAGAGGUUCGUCACCUACUUUUACUCUCCGCUAAUUUUACUGUCGUAUAAUACGAGCCGCAUCGCAUUCGGAAAUACUAAUGCGGCAUUAGUAAUGUCUGGUCACCUUGUGCUCAUUAAUACUC